ACCCUGUGACAAACAAGGUCAGAAUUAGCGGCAAGAGACUACCAAGUUCGAUCGGGUUGUCCCCUCCGCAUAUUAUUGAACGAAUAAUUAGGGUCUAACUUUCAAUAUUUCUUUCAUAUCAAUCUCAGCGGGGACCCGGGUCUGAAUGGGUCGCGACCAGUACGGAUGUGGUUGUGUGUCCCCCGAUCGUUGCUCAUUUGCUUCCCUGUAACAGAUUCGAUUGUUUAAAGACCUUUGUGAUAUAGCAAGAAUAUUCCUGAUUUAGAACAACUUCUUCAUGACUUAAAUAUACUACAAAUAUAUCAGGCGUUGGUUAAAGGUAUAAGAUUGAAAGAUUGAGUUUCAACUUUUAGUUUGACAUUUAGGUUCACGUUCAUUUUAUUCUGAUAUAAAACAAAAUAUGAAUCACGGAAACAAUUUUACAAUUGAUACGAGUACUUGAAAGUUUCACACCGUGGGAAUUACAUGUCCAAGUGCCUUGUUGUUGACGUAGUAUCGAACGGAAAUAGAUAGUGGUUGUCCCCAGUGUAUUGUUUCUAUGUUUGCGGAGCUGCGUGUAAUUCAAUGAUCAGUCCAGGCAAGCGAAGAUCGUUAUCAGGAAAAUGGCACUCUCUCCAGUCGUGACUGCUGACGAAUAUAAGGACAAGAUACAGCUUGCUAUAGAGGAAGUCAACACACAGAGUGGCAAAACUGUAAGAAGUCUUUAUGAUUUGGCUGAUGAACUCGACAAAGCACAGCGGAAAAUGAACAUAGCUAAAACCAGUUUUGCAUCUGGAGGCAUUGUUGCAGCAGCACUGACCAUAGCAGGGAUUGCUUGUGCCCCGGUUACCUUUGGUGCUUCUCUGGGGUUGACCAUUGCAGGGGUGACAAUUGGAGUGACCAGCGGGGUCGGGGGAUUUUGCACAGAGCUUGCAGAUAAAAUUGUCAAUUCAAAAACUUUAAAACAAGCCCAGAAGGAAGCCAGAGAGUUUAACAAAAAGGGGAAGGACAUGCUGUGUCUAAUGGACAACAUGGAGGCAAAACAUACAAAGACGUUCAAAGUCUUUUUGGCUGAUACUGUGAAGAGAUUGCUGAAACCAAACAUUUUCGAAUCAAUACGGAACCGUGUUCGAGGAAAACUGUCAAAAGGUAUUGACGGCACAGAACCGAUUAAGGUCGGGGCCCGUGUUGGGGCUGUAUUGGGUACAGCCAAGGUCGCCACAGAGCUUGUAGAAACAGGACUAAAAGGUCUAAAAGCUGCAGGUGUGGUGAUGAAUUUGUUGACUGUCCCUCUAGAUAUUCAUACAAUAGUCACCAACAGCAUCACUAUUCACAAGAAAACACCAUCCCAAACUGCAGAAGAAAUUCGGAAAAUAGCGGAUGAUUUAAAAGGAAAAGAGGUUUCAGAACCUACUGAUGAAGUUUUGAAGCUGAGGAGGAGGAUUGAAGAAAUGACGAGAGAACAAGAGAAACAUUCACAGACCUGGGAGGAGUCGAAAGAGAAGAUUUCAGAAGACAUCACUGUUGAAAUGGAAAUUAUUGCCAUGGAAUAUGAAUAUGUCAGGAAGGUUUUCUUAAGAUCAAAAUGGUUCACUCUUCUUGUGGAAUCUGUAUUAGCUGUAGUAGUUGCUGUGCUUACUGUUUGUUUAUGCCUCGAAGGUGGAGGUUGGUUAUCUAAUAUUGCACAUGGUGCCUUGGUAUUAUACGACGUGUUUCUGUUUGUUUUCGAACUGUUCCCACUCAUCUAUAGAUACUACUGUGUAUAUAGAGCGAGGUCAGUACUGAGACAACAGACAUAUGCUAUGGAACACAUGAUCAAGGUGUAUCCGAGAAAACCUACCAAAAAAAGCAACCCACGGGCGGAAACAACACAACAAGCUAUACAUGGUCAUGGCACCAUUUCGUUUGACUACAACAUUUCAAAUCAAAACCACUUUGAAUUAAUUUUCGUUACUCUUAAGUGUUUUCUGACGAUUUAUACUCUGUUUAGCACCUUUGGUCACACCCCCGACUACACUUCAGAUCAAAUUAAUGUAGAGAGUCCAACCGAGACCUCUUUCAUCACAGUGAUCGUAAGCGUGUUGUUCCUAGGAUCGAACCUUAUUAUGAGUUCCAUGAGUAUGCCUACACCUGACCUCUACAUGUUGUCUCUGUCUAUGGUUGUUUUUAUGCUGCUCAAAUCAUUUCAGGAUUUGCAAAAAAACAUUCCGUCUGACUUUGUGGAAGAGUUAAAAAAUGUCGCUGAUGAUUUUAAGUGUAAACUCAACGAGCUGAUGAAAUGCAUGUAACUUGUUUAUGUACAACCGCCGGUACUAUUUUUAAAAUCACUUCCAGGAAUGUUUUAGAAACUUCAAAAUGAGGAUUUAUAAUCUCUGGUGCCUUUUACUGUUUAAGGGGGUAUACUUUGGAUUGUUUGGUCAACAAAGCAAAUUCAUAUUUUUCCGGAUUGUUUUUUUUCUAACUGGAGCAACUUAAGUGAUUUUUUCACUGGGAGAAAAAAAAAAGGAGUCUUCAUUAUUCAGGAUCCAGUUUAACAUUAUGUCUAUGUGGGAUCAAUGAGUAAAUGGCAUCGUGGAUUAACUCUUUUAAGUUGUGCUUAAGGAUGAUGUUAACGAGUGGAAGUGAUGAUACAAUUUUAGAACUUUUUAGGUACAAUCGAGGAUGCUUUUUCUUCAGAAAUUUCAAGAAGCUUCCUACGACAAAGGUUGUUCGAUCAAAACUGCAACAUAUAAGGCCUCAGACCAGUUUUCAAAAAUGUUUAUGAUAGACAUGUGGAGUAUAUUCCCAUAUUUGAUGCAUGUGACAAAAAAAUGUCAGAUGCAAUUUUCUAUUUGGACUUGUACCAUACCUUCACGUGUUUGUUCAGGUUAAAAUUGACUUGCCAUUGCAUGUGUCUGUGACGGGUGACACCGGUGGGGCAGGAUAC